AAUUGAAACCGAUCGACAGUCAGUCGAAUCGGAUAUAACCAGCACUCCCACCACAGGGAGUGGGGACAAACGACACAGGUAACAGCCCGUCGCGGCCAGCACAGGGAGUGGGACAAACCUCGCUGGCGGGAAGGGCAGUCAGCUGAGGGCAGGAGCGACAGCAGGAGCCUCCGUUCAGCCUUUUAUCUGUGCCCGCGAGCGCCCCUUGCCGAGGCGUGGCAGCCAUGGAGCAGGACCCAAGGAGCCCCCUGGAGAAGAGGCUCCUCCACAAGAAGAUCUACAAGAACGCCAGGGGGAAAACGCCACCGUGGAAGGACGUGUAUCGCAAGAGAUGUAUGGAACGGCUUAGAUCAAGCCGUUCACAGCUGGUAGACAAGUUUCGUGCUGCAGGUGAUGCUAUCAACAACAACAAUAAUCCUGCAGGAAAGAUGGUGCAAGAUAUCAUGGAAAUUGAGUGGGCUGCUAUCAGUCAAGGCAGUGCAUUUCCUUCUUUAAAGAAGCUACCUGUUGGUUUUGAUGAUAUGCCAGAGGAAGAUGACAUGAUGCUUCUUUCUCUUAUGGAAGAGAUCCAGCAAGAACUUCUCAAUGAGGAAGAGAGACUUCUAAUUGAAGUUCUAAAUUAUGAUGCUGCAAUGUUAGCAAGUCAAGUGGCAGCUCAGCAAAAUGAAGAAGUUAUCUGCCCAGUUUGUCAGGUACAAGGUUUACAAGAGGUGGCAAGGAGACAAGGUGCAGGGAUGGAAGCAUCUGGUGCUGAAGCUGCUGCAAAUGUUCUUGCCUGUGGUUGUGGUUUAGCUCUGCAAGGAGCCAAUCUAACACUUAAUACUGUGAAAUCUAGUUUAGAGAACACAAUAUCUCAUCAUGGCCAGAGCUGUGCAGGACAGAUGUCCUUCACACCAACCACAGACACUCAAGGUGCCAAUGUAUUAAUCACAUGCAGUAUCUGUGAUUGGAUGUCCUUCCUAGUGUAAUUCCAAAGCUUGUCUUGCACAUAUUUUGAAUUAAACUCAUUGUAUACAAUCGUCAAUCAAGUUUAUGCUGUGAAAUAUGAGAGGCUCCAUUUCUUCUCCCAUGUGGUGUGUGUGAGAUUUUCAAUAGCACUAACUUUUUUUAAUAGAAUCAACUGUAAAUGUCUUGUUUGGCACAUAUUUUUCUUAAGAUUUUUAGUGAUCACUGGUGUGUGUGCAUUAGGACCAUUUACAUGAUAUUAUUUCUUGAUUUAUAUAAACCUUUGACUUUUUGAUAUAUAAUUUUACUACUGUAUAUUCAUCAUCAUCUGCUGAGGCCUUACAAAAUAACUGUGAUGGUUUGCAUCACAUGAUUCUGUUGCAUCUUUAAAAGUAUCAUCAGGAGAUACAUUUUUUUUUUUUCCAAGUAUUUCCAUAUAAUGUAAGUCAAUUUGCUGUGUAGUGUCUUUAGUGAUAUCAUAUACAUUUCAUCUACAUGAAGAGUAUAACAUAGAAGAUUCAAGGGAAUAUAUGAGAGGUCUGCCAUUAAAAGGUUAGUAAGUGUCGGUAAAGAGAAAAGCGAAAAUGCUAACAGUUGAGUAAUACAUUUUAAAUAAUGUUGUCUUAGCCUGAAAUCCCAAAGUUAAUUCUUUCAUAAAUAUAAUUACAACAAUAAAAAAGUAUUUCAGAUAUAUUUUUUAAUACAUGUUUGUGCGAAGAACAUACCAAAGGAAUAAUUUUAAUAUAUAAUCAAAUUUAGUUUUUGAAUUUUAACUCACAUUAUUUGUCUAUUAUUUGUUAGUUAUUUUGUUUACAUCAUUAUUUUUAAUUACAUGUAUAAAUGAUUUCAAUGCGCAUUCCCUGUGUAAAUUUAGCUAAAACUUUUCAUGUAGGAUAAGGGUGGAAAAUUAUUAAUUGGAAUGGAAUUUGUGUUAAUUGGUAGCGGAUUAUGAUAAGAUGUAAGUUUCAAAGACCGUUAUCUGUGAAGUACAAAUUUGUGCUUCACCUAAUCAUAAUUUUGAUAAGGUGUAAUGUGGUGUGAUAUGACAGGGCUUACCUUCGAGAAUGAUUGUAAUAUUUUUUUGCAUAUUCUUGUUAAUUAAUGAAAUGCAUCAUGAAAGUUUAGGCUAGAACAUUUUCUAAUAACCAUUGAUAAAGUAUAUACUAUUCUAUGGCUUCAAUAUUAUGAGGUAAUGAAAAAUUUGCAUUGUAAAUGGUCUGCCAAGUCAUAGGCUUUAGGUGAAGUGGAAUUUGCCACUGGAUUAUUCAGCAGUUCAUUGGUAUAUUGCUGGUUAUAUAGUGCCAUAUGCUAUUUUGGUAAUGCAAAGACAUUAAAGUUAUAUCUUUUGUGAUUUUUGCUUGUAUUCUGUGAUAUGGAGGGAGUACUGUAUUUAAAAUUUGUAAGGGUUUUGACACGUGAUGUAGGUAGAAUUAUUACUAUUAUAUGUGAUCCAGUACUUUUAGGUAGAAAUAUUGCAUUUAGUAUCUUUUUUGACAAUUGCUGUAAUUUCAGUCUAAGAUUUCUUCCAGAUAUCUUUAUACUUUGUUGCAUCAAAGAAAAUGCCAUGGAUAAUUGACAUUCACCAAAUAGAAAUAAAUAAGCCUGAUGUGAUUUCCGAGAUGUUUUCUGAAGGCCUAUAGUAAUGUAUGAAAUGCAUACAGGAUCAAUAAAAACUCCAUUUGAUACAGUAAA